AUGGGAGGGGCCGCCCUCUCUGAUGUGGCCUGGGGCUUCCAGAUCUCAGCCGCCGCCUGUUGCCUCCCGGAAGGACCCUCGGACGCUCACCCGCUUGACUGCCGAGCACCCCCGGCCAUGUCCGCGUUUGAAGUCCAGCCGCUGCCGGCGGAGGCCCACGAAGGGGGCGUGGCCCGGUUUGCCUGCAGGAUCUCCGCCAACCCUCCGGCCACCAUCACCUGGGAAGUCAACCGGACAGCCGUGCCAGGGGACACCGACAGAAUCACGGCCUUGCCCUCCGGAGUGCUGCAGAUCUACAACGUCCAGCAAAAGGAUGCUGGGAAUUAUCGCUGCGUCGCCUCCACGGUGACCCACCGGCGGAAGAGCACAGAGGCCGCGCUCACCGUCCUCCCAGCCCCGCCCGCAAAGUCUUUCCGCAAGCCGGCCAUCAUAGCCGGGCCACAGAACGUGACGGCCUCCCUCCACCAGACGGUCGUCUUUGAGUGCAUGGCCACUGGGCAGCCGAAGCCCAUCGUCUCCUGGAGUCGCCUGGACCACAAGUCCAUCGACGUCUUCAACACCCGGGUGCUGGGCAACGGGAACCUCCUGAUCUCCAACGUGAACGUGCAACACACGGGCGUCUACGUCUGCCGGGCGACCAUCCCGGGCACACGCAACUUCACCACGGCCAUGGCCACUCUCCUGGUGCUUGCCCCGCCCUCGUUUGUGGAGUGGCCCGAGAGCUUGACGCGGCCUCGGGCCGGCACUGCCCGCUUUGCGUGCCAGGCAGAGGGCAUCCCGGCGCCCAGGGUGGCGUGGCUGAAGAACGGGCGGAAGGUCCAUUCCAACGGCAGGAUCAAGAUGUACAACAGCAAGCUGGUGAUCAACCAGAUCAUCCCCGAGGACGACGCCAUCUACCAGUGCGUGGCGGAGAACAGCCAGGGCUCUGUCCUGGCCCGGGCCCGCCUGACGGUGGUUCUGUCCGAAGACCGGCCCAGCGCCCCCUGCAACGUCCACGCGGAGACCAUGUCGAGCUCCGCCAUCCUCCUCGCCUGGGAGAGGCCGCUGUACAACUCGGACAAGGUCAUCGCCUACUCCGUCCACUACAUGAAAGCAGAAGGCCUGAACAACGAAGAAUACCAAGUGGUGAUCGGCAACGACACCACCCACUACAUCAUCGAUGACUUGCAGGCCGCCAGCAACUACUCCUUCUACAUUGUGGCCUACAUGCCCAUGGGGGCCAGCCAGAUGUCCGACCACGUCACCCAGCACACCCUGGAAGAUGUCCCUCUGAGAGCUCCUGAGAUCAGCCUGACCAGCCGAAGCCCGACCGAUAUCCUGAUCUCCUGGCUGCCGAUUCCCGCCAAGUACCGGCGCGGCCAGGUGGUCUCCUACCGCCUGUCGUUCCGGCGCAGCACGGAGAGCACCGUCCAAGCGGUGGAGCUCCUGGGCUCGACCUACGAGUACCUGCUCAGGAACCUGAGCCCGGACACCGUCUACCUGGUCCGGAUUACGGCGGCCACGCGGAUCGGCUGGGGCGAGGCCUCUCUGUGGACUUCCCACCGGACCCCGAAAGCCACGAGUGUCAAAGCCCCAAAGUCUCCCGAGCUGCGCUUGGAGCCCCUGAACUGCACGACCAUCGCCGUGAAGUGGCAGCCGGACCUGGGGGACACGGCCGCCGUCCUGGGCUACAAGCUGUACUACAAGGAGGAGGGCCAGCAGGAGAACGACCCCAUCCUGCUGGAGGCCAGCGUCCUGACCCACACCAUCAGCGGCCUGGAUCCACGAAGGAAGUACCACGUCCGGCUGCUGGCCUACAACAGCUUGGAGGAAGGCUACCAGGCGGACCAGACCGUCAGCACCCCGGGAUGCGUCUCUGUCCGGGACCGCCUGGUGCCGCCGCCGCCUCCCCCUCACCACCUCUACGCCACGGCCAACACCUCCUCCGCCAUCUACCUCCACUGGGGGCGGCCGGCCUUCACCUCCGCGCAAGCCAUCAACUACACGGUCCGCUGUAACCCGGUGGGGCUCCAGAACGCCUCCUUGGUCCUCUACCUCCCAACGUCAGAGACCCACCUGCUGAUUCAGGGGCUGGAGCCGAACACCAAGUACGAGUUUGCCGUCCGGCUGCACGUGGACCAGUUGUCGAGCCCAUGGAGUCCGGUGCUGUACCACACGACGCUCCCUGCAGCACCCUCCGCCCCCCCACUGGGAGUGAAGGUGACGCUGAUCGAGGAGGACACCGCUUUGGUCUCUUGGAAGCCGCCGGACGGGGAGAGGACGGUCGUCUCCCGCUACACGAUCCUGUACGCCUCCCGGAAGGCCUGGAUUGCCGGAGACUGGCAGGUCUUGCACCGAGAAGGCACCCUCACGAUGGCUCUGCUGGAGCACCUCCUGGCGGGAAACGUCUACCUCGUCCAGGUCGCCGCCUCCAACGCCGCGGGCGAGGGCCCCUUCUCCAGUGCCGUGGAACUGGCCGUCUUGCCGAAGGAGGCCCCUGAGCCCAACCAGAGGCCCAAGCGGCUGGAUUCUGCCGGUGCUGCCGAGACAGCUCCCUCUGGCUACGACCCGCUGGACCAGAAGUCCAUGGCUGGCAUCAUCGCUGGCGUCUGCAUCGCCCUCACCUGCAUCCUGCUCUGCGUCCUCAUCCUCAUCUCUCGCAGCAAAGCCAGGAAGACGUCUGCGGCCAAGAGCGUCCCACCGGGCUCCGACGCGUACUCUCGCAGCAGCCUCUCUUCGGGUGGAACCGGCGAGGGGGGCAAGAGCGUGGAGGGUGUCGUGGAGAACGAGGAGGUGCUGCUACCGAUGCUGGUGGGGAACGGCUUCCUGGACGCCAAGGGGGGCACCGAUCUGAUCAUCAACAGCUACGGCCCGAUCACCAGGAGCUGCUCCCAGAAGAAAUGGAGGUUCUUCCAAGACUGGAAGGAGGGGAAGCCGGAAGAGGACCAAGGCCUGUCUCGGACGCAGCAGAAGGGGCUUCCGCCUCCGCUGAGCCCAAGAAUCGGCUGUUGGGCUGCUGCUGCUGCUGCCACCGCCGCCCCACGGGCACGGCCUCGUGUCACCCAAAUCCUCUCUGAGGGACACAGAUUUGCUGGGGCACCAAAGAUGCCCAUUGACCUGCCCAGCAGAGGGGGCCACAGAACUGCCGUUCCUUAA